CGGUGAGCACUUGCGCAUGAUAUAUGCGCAGGCGCUAAUCGCACGCGAGUUCGCCUGAGCUCCUAUAACCUCUCUUCGAGUGCAUCUCGGAGCACUGGACUCGUUGUUUUUAUUGUUCGGCUUUUUAAAGAUUUGCCAAAAUGAAUACUUUCAGGAACAAGAUUAUUGACAGGAGGAUUCCUCGGAAUAUAUUAUUGCAGUUCCAAAAGUUAGCAACUACUGCUUCUGUGAAUUCUUCAUCAGAAAUUCAAGUGCCAAUCAGAAAAGAACGAGGACCAACUGAUAUAUUAGAGGCCUUAGAAACAACUAUCUCACGCGAUCCAACUGCUGCUGACUAUAAAUUCAUAGAUGAUCCUUUUCUUAUUCCAACAUCAUUGAGCAAAAAGCGAAUGUAUUCGCUUGCUCGAGAAUCUGGUAAGAAAGCUGCGAUGUGGAUUUUACAAGAGCAUGCCGACCUUCUUAAAAGUGACCUCUCUCAGCCCUUAGUUCAGGCCUUCUUACCUGUCAAUCAAUACAAGACAAAAGAGCAAGUGUCUGAACAAAUUUUAAAUGAUUUGAUCAAACAAGCUCGUAUUGCUGAUGUUCUCCAUGUAUAUCAAUUAUUGGAAGGAGAAGUGACAAAAGAAACAAAGCAAGCAAUAUUGGAGAUGUUGUGUUUUUAUAAUAGUAAUACAGAGCUAAUUCCAGAAGAGCUUCCAGAAGAGAGAUCUUAUCAGCCGGAAGCUGAAGUAUUCAAGAAUACUUGGAAUAAUAAUCCUGAAGUUGAAAAACUGUUUGGAGAGUUGAAAGCUGAUAAAGCAACAGCUGCAGCUGCUUACAAUGCUUUAAUUUGUGGAACAGCAAAGUAUUACAAGGUUGAUAGAGCUUGGCAACUGUACAAUGAAUGCUUAGAUACAAAUAUACCAUUGGCUAUUCAUAGUUAUAAUUCUAUGUUACAUUUAGUUCCUCUACUAAAAGAUAAUAACGAGGAUCGUAAAAUUAUGAUUCAAACUAUUUUACAAAAUAUGGUUAAAAACGGAAUAAAACCAAACAUUGGAACCUUGAAUGCUGCUCUUAAGAGCGCAUCACUGCUGCAAACACAAGGAAUAGCUAAAGAUUUAACUCAGUCAUUACUUGCAGAAUUUAAAUCUAUUGGAGUUGAGCCAUGUCUGGCAUCUUAUUAUUAUGUACUGCUAACGUUUUGUCGGGAAAAUGGUUCAGUUAGUAAUGUCCUGCCAGAAAUUUUAGAUGAAUUGGAAAAAAGAGAAGAGCUCAUAAUGCAGGAUCCAGCUGAUAAGAAUUUCUUUGUUCAAGCCAUGGAAGUAGCCUCGAAACACCUGCAUGAUUUAGCUGUAGGCGAUAGACUGCAUAAACUUCUGUUGACAAAGAAAAAUUACAAAUUCAUUGGAGGUCGACUAAAGGAAAGCGUAUAUUAUCGCAAUUAUCUGCAACUAAUCUUAACAAGUGAAACCAUAGAUGAAUUCAUGAAGGUUUAUAACUUUUUGGUUCCACAUAUUUAUAUUCCAGAACCAGCUGUGAUGAGAGAUAUUAUUGAAAUGUUAGAGCUCAAUGAAUCAGAAAAGGCUAUUGAAAUAUUGCCACAGUUUUUAUCUCAGAUUGUUCAAUUUGAUAUGCUAGAUCGGCAUCAAAUAAUGAAAUUAACAUUCAAAUUAAUGACCCGCCAUUGUACACCACCGUUAGGUUCUCCUUUACAUCAACAGUAUGCGAAUAUGGCGUGGACACUAUGGACUCACAUUCAGGAAGUGAACCAAAAAAGAAUGCAGCGAACAAUGUGGCCCGCUAGCAUAUACGGCGACGUGGCAGUAUUGUUGAUUCGGGGAAAUGAAUUUGAGAAAAUGCUCGAAGUACUAAAUUUCUUAGUGAAGUCACUGGAUGCGGUCGUUGGCUCUAUCUAUCCAAACAGAUUGCAAGAGAUCUUUGCUGCAUGCCUUGAUAGAGGUCACGUACCCGGAGCCCUGCUUACUGUGGAGUACGCCUGCGAGUUUGGAAUGGUUGAUGCGGAACUAAUGGCGAAGACAAUAGACAAACAACUUCCUCUUAGCCCGGCUCAAAAACAUCAGUUGCUAAGUCUUGUGGGUUCCAAGACUUUCGAAUCAAAGGCAACGAGUGAACAGUGAUAAUUUUGAAAAUGAAAUCUGUCGCCAAAGGAGGGCGGACUUCAGAUGACUCAGCCAGUUACAUUUCAUUGAAUCGAAAAUGACAGUGUGCUUAGCACGAGUAAAUAAGCACUUGAAGGCAGAUAAAACUAGGUCAAUAACAGUUUUGGAUUCCGUCUUCCUCUAGCAGACAGCUGUUAAAUCGAAUCCGUCGAUUUUUCUAUUAGAUUAAUUCGUGUACACUCGCCGGUCUUAAAGGUUUUUCUUUAUUUUUCACUUCGACGUACCAUGUAAAUAUCUUAUGUUAGACCUGUAUAGUUUAUACAUAUAUAAAUGAGUAUAA